AUGGGAUUGGCUUUGGAACUACUGUGCCUCGGGCAGGCUGAACAGCGACUGUGCGUACAGAGUCAUACUCACACGUGCACUCUCCAUUUUUUUGAGAGGAACAAGCUCAACACCCCCCCCACACACAGCCCUUUCAGUUUAUGCACCGUCCCCGAGGCCCGUGUGAACUUUCUAGGAAGUUUCCUAGCCUUAGGCCCUUGGGCAGUCAACUUAGUGCUGUCUGUAGGCAUCUUCCCAUAUGUCUUACGUCUUUUGCAGUCAUCAGCGCGAGAGUUACGGCCACUCUUAGUCUUCCUUUGGGCUAAGAUUCUUGCAGUGGAUCCAAGUUGCAAAGCAGACUUGGUGCGAGAAGAGGGCUAUAAAUAUUUCCUGAAAGUUCUAGCUGAUCCAUCAAUGCCUGCUGAGCAUCGUACCAUGGCGGCAUUUGUGCUGGGUGUCAUUGUAUGGGAACACCCUGAAGGACAACGGGUGGCUCUGCAGGGAUCCCUUAUGCCUCUGUGUCUAGAGCAAGUGUCAGAUCCACAUCCACCUCUUAGGCAGUGGGCCACACUCUGCCUGGGCCGCACGUGGCACCAUCACCCAGAUGCAAGAUGGGCUGCAACUCGUGACAAUGCCCAUGAAAAGCUGUACACUCUUCUCUCUGAUCCUGUGCCAGAGGUACGUGGAGCAGCAGUCUUCUCCUUGGGAACAUUUGUAAGCAGUCUGGCUAGUCAUGAGAGGACUGACCAUGCACGUGCCAUAGACCACACCAUUGCCAUAACACUAGCGAAUACUGUCACUCAUGACGGCUCUCCACUUGUCAGACAAGAGUUGGUAGUUGCCUUGCAAUAUCUCAUCCAGAUGUAUGAAAGCUCCUUCCUCACAGUAGCACGACAAUAUUUUCGAGAAGAGAUGGUUGAUCUUUCACCCCAGUCGUUGACAUCUUCUACUGAUAGCAUAAUGUCACCAUCAAAUAGCAUCAGUCGUGUGUUUUCGCGGCAGGGGGGAAGACAAGUCACAUCCCCUAAUCAGACAUUAGGGACAAGUCCAGACACUUCCCUCACUGACUACGGCCAUAUGUCACCAGUAGGAGUGAAAAGGACAGCAUCAACACAUUCUAUAUCUUCCCUAGGGUGCAGCAAUGUCUUUUCAGGGGUCAGUACUCUGUCUUAUAGUGGAAUGUACUGCAAACUGUGGCAGACACUUAUUACUCUGGAACGGGAUCCAUUCCCUGCUGUAGCCUCAAUGGCAAAGACAGUAGUGGAUUAUGGUAGAAGCAAAUAUUUGAAUAAAAAAAAGCAAGUUGUCUUAACUGGCUCAAGAGACAUAAUGGAACAAAAAGUAGAAUCUGCUCCAGGCACCCCAGUCAAUAAACCCAUUUUCAUGCCUGGAGAAUCACCUCCAUCUACCCUAGAGACCUCUACACCAACCCGCUCAAGAUCAAGAAACCAUUUGAAUAACCAUAGUGAAGAAAAUGAUAAUGGCUUCAUGAAGCCAUUAGUAACAACAGAGUUUGUGGAAUGGAGUGCCAAGACCUUCAUUCUUCCACGCCAAAAAACAAAUGAUGAAUUAAAUUCUCCAUCCUCACCACUACACGGUUACUCUGAUAGAUCUCUAAAUUCACGUCUGCUGGCUGAGUCAGAAGAACGACGUAGUGUUGGAACGAACAAGUUAGAUGAUCAGGUGUUUGUACAUCGUAAUCCAGGUCCUCCAGCUGUAUUAUUAUUUCAUCCAAUCCAUCCACUUCUUACUGUUGCUGAUAAGAGUAAUGUGACAAUAUGGGAUGUUGAACGCAGCUUGCGAGUGAGUCAUUGGAGCAAUAAUAAUGUAGGCUCUAGCUGCAUUUCUGCUCUGUCUGUUAUCAACUCAGGGACACCUUCUACCUAUGUAGCUACAGCCUGUGAUGAUGGCAGUGUCAGAAUAUGGAAGGAUGUGUAUCAAAGCUCCCAUCAAGCAACAAGGGAUCCACCAAUACUUGUUACUGCUUUCCAGGCUACUCUUGAUAUAAAUCCUGCUACAAGAGGAGCUGGUCUUUUGUUAAGUUGGGAGCAGGACACCACAACCUUAGUAACUGGAGGUGACUCUAGAACUGUCAGGCUCUGGGAUUUGCAAGCAGAGCGUAGGACAAUGGAGUUACCGACUGGGGGAGAUAGUACAUCAUUUAUUACGGCAUUACAUUCUCACCAAGCUGGACCUUGGAUUGUGACUGGAUUUUCUGAUGGUUAUGUUCGAGUACUUGAUCGUCGCCUUACUAGUAACCGUGCUGUCGUGCGACAGUGGCGAGAACAUAGCUCUUGGCUCAUCAGUGCACAUUUGCUUAAUGCAUCACAGGCCACUACAAAAAUUAUCACAGGGGUUGUCUCUGGAGAGGUGAGGUUAUGGGACAUGAGACAGUCAAAUUCUGUACAGGUGUGUGCUCCAAAUCAAGAAAUGACUGCCAUGGCCACCCAUGCUAAUGCUCAUCUUUUUGCCACGGGGUCAGUAAAUCAGGUGAUUGGUGUUCAUCAUGCAAGUGGCUCAUCAGUGAAUGUAAUCAAGUACCAUGAAGGUUUCAUGGGGCAGCGUAUAGCACCUGUGUCCUGCUUGGCCUUCCAUCCUCGGAGAGUCCUUCUUGCAGCUGGCACAACUGACAGUUACAUCACAGUCUAUGGGCUGUCUCGAAGAUAGUGUAAAUUACACCUAGGUGAUGCUGUAAGCAUAAUUCAUAAAAAGGAUAGAUUGUUCCUUGAUUUUUAUCUAUUGAGCCAUAUUUUAAAGGCAUUAUGAAUAAUAAGACUCAAAAUUCUUAAGAAAACCCAGUGUAGACUGUAUUUUGUGAUGAGAACAAAUAUACCAGGGAUGCAGUAGGCUUUACCCAGGAUACCUGUAGAAAUGGAAUAUAAGAGAACUUAACAUGCUUGACAAAUAUUGCUGACUCUACAUGUUCAGACUCCUUCUUGGAAGUAGAAGCCAGUAAAUUACUUUCAAUUUUGCAUCAGGAAGUAGUAAAUCAGCAUGUGAACUGUGUUGGUGAAAGAGUUGUGCACAUGAUAGCACACCUAUCUCAUAAACACAAUAUAGUUUUUUUUAGUUAGAAAGUGUACAGAUUUAAUGUUGCUCAUUAAUGUAUAUAUACAACAAAUAUAUUACUGCCAGACCCAUUUGUAAUCAACAAAAUGGAGUUACUGUACAUUACAAAAUUACCUUAGUAGUUAAUGUUAAAAUAGAGACAGAUGGGAGAUUUAAGUGCUUUCAUUAUCAUGAGAAAGGGCCUCUGUUGGAAGAGGUAUGAUAUCUCAACUUUACCUUAUAUUUUGCCUUUUAUUUAUUAUUUUUUCUUGUUUGCUAAUCUUUCUCCUAUUUAACAUGGCAUGAAGAAGAGUUCCCUGAUAUCUUAAAGAUAUUUAUAUCAGUAAAAAAUAUUUGCAAAUUGCUUUUGA